UGUCACACACACUCUUAUUGGAAACCCAGGGAAAGAAGAAAAUAUUCCUGCCUUCAAAACACAGAUGCAUUUCAGGAUGUGGGGCUUCUCUCUGAUCCUCUUCUGGGGGUGUUGUGGUGUGCUCACAGAACCCACAUGGGAGUCAACAACAGGAGGGUGUUGUGAUGGGCUCACAGAACCCACAUGGGAGUCAACAACAGGAGAUGUGAAUGAAUGUGUAGACACCAGUGUAUGCCCAGCUUAUGCGACCUGCACCAACACUUUUGGGAGUUACUACUGCACCUGCAAACAAGGCUUCCUGUCCAGCAACAGACAAAGGAAUUUUAGGGGCCCAGGAGUGGAAUGUGAAGAUGUAGAUGAAUGUUCUCAAAGUCCCCCACCUUGUGGUCCUAACUCGAGUUGCACCAACCUGAAGGGGAGAUACAAAUGCAGCUGUUUGCCUGGCUUCUCUUCUCCCGCUGGAGAUGGCUGGAUCCCAGGAAAGCCAGGCCAUUUUGCCUGUUCAGAUGUGGAUGAAUGUGCCAAUCCCAGAGCUUGCCCAGAGCAUGCCAGUUGCCACAAUACAGUUGGAAGUUACUCCUGCUCCUGCAAUCCAGGAUUUGCAUCCAUCAGUGGAAAUUUGAGUUUCCAGGGUUCAGGAGGGAGGUGUGAAGAUGUGGAUGAAUGUGCCAAUCCCAGAGCUUGCCCAGAGCAUGCCGGUUGCCACAAUACAGUUGGAAGUUACUCUUGUUCCUGCAACCCAGGAUUUGCAUCCAUCAGUGGAAAUUUGAGUUUCCAGGGUUCAGGAGGGAGGUGUGAAGAUGUGGAUGAAUGUGCCAAUCCCAGAGCUUGCCCAGAGCAUGCCGGUUGCCACAAUACAGUUGGAAGUUACUCUUGUUCCUGCAACCCAGGAUUUGCAUCCAUCAGUGGAAAUUUGAGUUUCCAGGGUUCAGGAGGGAGGUGUGAAGAUGUAGAUGAAUGUUCUCAAAGUCCCCCACCUUGUGGACCAAACUCGAAUUGCACCAACCUGAUGGGGAGAUACAAGUGCAGCUGUUUGCCUGGUUUCUCUUCUCCCACUGGGAAUGGCUGGAUCUCAGGAAAGCCAGGCCGUUUUGCCUGUUCAGAUGUGGAUGAAUGUGCCAAUCCCAGAGCUUGCCCAGAGCAUGCCAGUUGCCACAAUUCAGUUGGAAGUUACUCUUGUUCCUGCAACCCAGGAUUUACAUCCAUCAGUGAAAAUUUGAGUUUCCAGAGUUCAGGAGGGAGGUGUGAAGAUGUAGAUGAAUGUUCUCAAAGUCCCCCACCUUGUGGACCAAACACGAAUUGCACCAACCUGAUGGGGAGAUACAAGUGCAGCUGUUUGCCUGGUUUCUCUUCUCCCACUGGGAAUGGCUGGAACUCAGGAAAGCCAGGCAGUUUUGCCUGUUCAGAUGUGGAUGAAUGUGCCAAUCCCAGAGCUUGCCCAGAGCAUGCCGGUUGCCACAAUUCAGUUGGAAGUUACUCUUGUUCCUGCAACCCAGGAUUUGCAUCCAUCAGUGGAAAUUUGAGUUUCCAGGGUUCAGGAGGGAGUUGUGAAGAUGUAGAUGAAUGUUCUCAAAGUCCCCCACCUUGUGGUCCUAACUCGAAUUGCACCAACCUGAUGGGGAGAUACAAGUGCAGCUGUUUGCCUGGCUUCUCUUCUCCCACUGGAAAUGGCUGGAUCUCAGGAAAGCCAGGAAGUUUUGCCUGUUCAGAUGUGGAUGAAUGUGCCAAUCCCAGAGCUUGCCCAGAGCAUGCCAGUUGCCACAAUUCGGUUGGAAGUUACUCUUGUUCCUGCAACCCAGGAUUUGCAUCCAGCAGUGGAGAGUUGAUUUUCCAGGGUCCAGGAGGGAGGUGUGAAGACAUUGAUGAAUGCUCCCAAGAUCCAACACCAUGUGGGCCAAUUUCCAUCUGCACUAAUGCCCUGGGCUCCUAUAGCUGUAACUGUAGCACAGGCUUUCAUCCCAAUCCAGAAGGCUCCUGGAAAGAUGGAAACUUCAGCUGCAUAAGUGUGAACGAGUGUGCAGACACCACUGUGUGCCCAGCUUAUGCCACCUGCACCGACACUUUUGAGAGUUACUACUGCACCUGCAAACAAGGCUUCCUGUCCAGCAACAGACAAAGGAACUUCAGGGGCUCAGGGGUGGAAUGCAAAGAUAUAGAUGAAUGUUCUCAAAGUCCCCCACCUUGUGGUCCUAACUCAAAUUGCACCAACCUGAUGGGGAGAUACAAGUGCAGCUGUUUGCCUGGCUUCUCUUCUCCCACUGGAAAUGACUGGAUCUCUGGAAAGCCAGGCCACUUUGCCUGUUCUGAUGUGGAUGAAUGUGUGAAUCACAGAGCUUGCCCAGAGCAUGCCAGUUGCCAUAACUCUCUUGGAAGCUACUCUUGUUCCUGCAACCCAGGAUUUGCAUCCAGCAGUGGAAGCUUGAAUUUCCAGGGGCCGGGAGGGAGAUGUAAAGAUGUUGAUGAAUGUUCCCAGAACUCAAUUCUUUGCGGCCCCAAUUCUGUCUGCAUCAACAUCCCAGGGGAAUACAAUUGUUCCUGCCUACCUGGAUUCUUUUCACCCUAUCCUUGGAUCCCUGAGAAACCAGAAGCUUUCCAAUGUAAAGACAUUGAUGAGUGCGCCCAAGAUCCAUCACCAUGUGGCCCAAAUUCCAUCUGCACUAAUGCCCUGGGAUCCUACAGCUGUAACUGUGCCAUGGGCUUUCGUCCAAAUCCAGAAGGCUCCUGGAAAGAUGACAACUUCAGCUGCAUAGAUAGAGAUGAAUGUUCUCAAAAUCCCCCACAUUGUGGUCCUAACUCAAAUUGCACCAACCUGAUGGGAAGAUACAAGUGCAGCUGUUUGCCUGGCUUCUCGUCUCCCACUGGAAAUGACUGGAUCUUGGGAAACCCUGGCCAUUUUGCCUGUUCAGAUGUAGAUGAAUGUGCCAAUCCCAGACCUUGCCCAGAGCAUGCCAGUUGUCAUAACUCUCCUGGAAGCUACUCUUGUUCCUGCAACCCAGGAUUUGCAUCCAGCAGCAAAAAUUUGAGUUUCCAGGGUCCAGGAGGGAGGUGUGAAGACAUUGAUGAGUGCUCCCAAGAUCCAUCACCAUGUGGCCCAAGUUCCACCUGCGCUAAUGCCCUGGGGUCCUACAGCUGUGACUGCAUCAUGGGCUUUCGUCCCAAUUCAGAAGGCUCCUGGAAAGAUGGCAACUUCAGCUGCAUAAGAAUUCCCUUCAAGUGUAAAGAAGAUAUGAUUCCUAACAAUGAGCAUGUCCAGCUAUGCCAAGGGAAAGCUGCAAUGGCACCAGAAUAUGUUUACUUCUGUGCACUAAUGAACACCACCUUCAGUAUUCUGGAUGAUGCCUGCAAAAAGAAAACCGGCUCCAUUUCUCUGAAGAAAACGGUUGAGAUCUUUGGAACUGUGCUUGCACAAAUACCCACUUGGUCCAAAUUCACAAAGGAAGAGACAUCCACCCUGGCCACAGUCUUGCUGGAGAGUGUGGAGAGUACCACGUUGGCAGCAUUUCUGAAUCCAUCAGCAAAUGCCAGUCAGACUAUUCAGACUGAAUUUUUAGAUAUUGAAAGCAAAGUUAUCAAAGAAGAAUGCAUUGAAGAGAAUAUGUCCUUUAAUUUGAAAGCCAAAGGGGACAUGAUGACAAUUGGAUGUUCCACAGUAGAGGAGUCUGGAUCCUCAGGGACUACCGGGGUGGCUUUUGUCUCCCUUGAGGGCAUGGAGUCUGUUUUAGAUGAGAGCUUCUUCCAAGACCCCCAGGCCCCCUUGACCAAAUGUAAAAGGCAGCUGAAGAUGAAUUCUCGCAUUGUCAGAGGCAUCCUGACUGGGGUGAAGAAAGACAACUUCUCAGAUCCAGUUAUCUACACUCUGGAGAAUAUCCAGCCAAAGCAGAAGUUUGAGAGCCCCAUCUGUGUUUCCUGGUACACCGAUGUGGAGGGAAGGAGGAGGACAUCCUCAGGCUGCGUGAUCCUCAAAGCUUCCAAGACCCACACUGUCUGCAGCUGUAAGCAUUUGGCAAACGUGGUCAUCAUCAUGGCUUCUUCAGAGCUCACGAUGGAGUACACCUUGUACCUAAUUAGCCACGUGGGCUUAAUCAUCUCCCUGGUGUGCCUCGCAUUGGCCAUCAUCACGUUCCUGCUGUGUCGUCACCUUCGCAACUGCAACACUGACCUCCACCUGCACCUGUGUGUGUGCCUCUUCCUGGGCAAGAUUCUCCUCUUCAUUGGAGUAGACAAGACCAACGACCAGUUGGGCUGUGCCAUUAUCGCAGGCUUUCUGCAUUACCUGUUCCUCGCCUGCUUCUUCUGGAUGCUGGUGGAAGCUGCCGUGCUCUUCCUAAUGGCCAGGGGCCUGAAAGUGGUGAAUUACUUCAACUCUCACAUCAAAAUGGUGCAGCUGUGUGCCUUUGGCUAUGGACUCCCAGCGUUGGUGGUGGUUGUCUCUGCCAGUGUACAUCCACAGGGCUUUGGGAUGCAUAAUCAUUGCUGGCUUGAUAUGGAGACUGUAUUCAUCUGGAGUUUCCUGGGGCCUGUUACCACAAUCAUAUUGGUCAACUGUAUCCUCCUCAUUUGGACCUUGCGGAUCCUGAGGAAGAAACUUUCCAGUGUCAAUGCCGAAGUCUCAAUGCUCAAAGACACCAGGUUAUUGAUAUUCAAAGCCUUGGUCCUGCUCUUUAUCUUGGGCUGCCCUUGGGUAUUGGACAUUUUCCAGAUUGGAGCCACGGCCAGCAUCAUGACCCACCUGUCCACCAUCAUCAGCAGCCUUCAGGGUGCCUUCAUCUUCCUCAUUCAUUGCCUGCUCAACCACCAGGUGAGAGAAGAAUACAGGAGGUGGUUCACCAGGAAGACCAAGGCCAGCUCUCAGUCCCAGACCUCAGGGGUCUUGCUGUCAUCCCUGCCCUCCACUUCCAAAAUGGAUAUUGAAGUACCACCAUAAAGGGUCUCCCUGCUUCCAGGUUUGCCUUCUCAAAGCUCCACCUUUGGUCUGUUCUUGCUGAAGACACCAAGAGGGCAACAUAAGCAGCUGAGUUAUGGACUGUCCCUCCUCUGCCCACAGCCCUCCAUGGCUCCCACCUCUCUGGGGUAAAAACCAAAGUCCUCCCUUAGGCCUACCAGACCCUGCAUGAUUGGACCCUUUUUAAUCUCUCUAUCCUUGUCUUUAUGACCCACACCACCUUUUCACCCUGUGCCCCCAACUGUGGCCACUACUCAAUUCUUUAAACACAGCAGGUUUGCUUUCCAUAAAAACCACUGCACUGACAGCUUGCUUUGCCCUGAGUGACCUGCCUCACAGUGCACCUGGCCAUCUCCCUCCUAGUCCUCAUCUCCUUCAAGUCUUCAUUCAAAUCACACCUUCUUGAUGGAGUUUCCACCGACCUCCCUCCUCCUAAUUGGCCAACCCUGGUCCCGACACCCUCCAUUCAUGAUUUUUUAAAAAAUAUAUCAAUUCCACAUUAAAAAAUACUAUAAUUUA